UGGCACUGAAUGCACUUGAAUCGCAGGACCCAAGGCUGGAGCAGUGACUGCUGAUCGGUGUCAUGAUCGAAAGGCUGUAGGAUUUACGGGGGACGCUAGCUAACGCCGUGAGGAUGGUGGAUGCAAUUGAGGACGAGAUGGCCUUCUACUCUAAGGCUGAGAGGUACUGGCAGGAAAUCCCCCCCACGGUGGACGGAAUGCUGGGAGGUUACGGCAGCAUCUCCAGCAUCGACAUUAACGGUUCCAAGAAGUUCCUUCAGAAGUUCCUGGGGGAGGGCAAAGGGAAGACAGGUACCGGGUGUGCGCUAGACUGCGGGGCAGGCAUCGGUCGCAUCACCAAGCGCCUGCUCCUCCCACUCUUCCGCACGGUGGACAUGGUGGACGUAACAAAGGAGUUCCUGGACAAGGCCAAGUCCUACCUGGGCGAGGAAGGCAAGAGGGUGGAAAACUACUUCUGCUGUGGCCUGCAGGACUUCAACCCGGAACCCAGCCGUUACGACAUCAUCUGGAUCCAGUGGGUCAUCGGUCACCUGACGGAUGAUCACCUGGUGGAGUUCCUGCGGCGCUGCCGCGGCGGACUCCGCCCGGACGGCCUCAUCGUGAUGAAGGACAAUGUGGCGUACGAGGGCGUGGUGCUGGACGAGGUGGACAGCAGUGUGUGCCGAGACCUGCCUUUGGUCCGGGAGCUGGUGCAGCAGGCAGGGCUGCAGAUCGUCUGUGAGGAGCGCCAGGAGAACUUCCCCGAGGAGAUCUACCAGGUCCACACCCUGGCGCUGAGAUAGGACAGACUGAGGGAGGGAGGGAGAGAGAGGGAGGGAGAAAGAGAAGACAGAGUGGUGAGGACAUUACCAGGUCCAAACCUUGGUUCUCAGAUAGGAUGGCAUGAGAGAGGGAGGGACGUGGGAAGAGGUGUUGCAGGACACUGGGACUGUUUAACAGCAUUGACUGUCAGAGAGUGUCUGCCCAGCCAACUCUGUGUGUGCGUGUAUCUGUGUGUCUGUUGUGUAUGUAUGUUCAUGUGUGUUUGUGUGCUUCAGGUUAGUGCGCCUGUGCAUGAGCACUUCCCUGUGUGUGUGAGAGCGAUGAGGCCCAAGGUUCAUAUAUGCUGCAGCAGCAGGGACCUCUCAUGCCAAACUUUUCAUGAACCGUGUCCAACCGUUCUUCCUCAUAACAGCAACAAACAGCUUGCUUUCUGGGUCAUUAUGACAGAUCAGUGCUGGCUGACGGUGUUCAUUUGGGAAAGAAUGACAAUCCCUCAGCUGUCUGGAAUCCUCGUGCCUGCUGAACAUGGGGGAACCAGUGGGAUUAAAAGUGUGUACUGUAUUUGUGGAUCGUACAUGCCACUAGAAUCCACAUACCAAAUGAUCUCUGUAACUCCUGUCUGCUGGUCAAUAAUGUACCACCUCAGCAUGUGGUUUCCCUUUGGUCUUGACAGAGAUGCUGAAAACAGAGUUAUCUUACAUUUGUAUGGCGUGAAUAGGUUUCAGGGGGUUGCUUUAAAAUAACUUAUCGGUGGUUGUGUUUGUGAUACAGAAACUUUUACGAUGACAUGUUUGCUAGCCGGUUUUCUUCAGUUUGGCUACUGAAUGUAAAAUUAAUCUUAACAUAAACACACACCAAUGUUGUCUUCUGAUUUCUGUGACUUAUUUUGUGAGAACUACCCACACUGCAUUCUCCUGCCCUUCAUCUACAGCUUAACAGCUCGAGUCCCUUGUUGCUGUCAAGAUGGAUGAUUUUCAGCACCACUGAUUGACUGUCAGACAACUUUCAGACAUAGUUGUAUUCAGUUCCCUUUCAAUUCACUUAAAGCAAGAAAUUAAUUGUAAUUAGGACGAU